UGCGGAGCUUAUUUGUUUACAUCAUGGCGGACGAUAAAGGUGAAACGCAACCAGUACCUGCCAUCAAAGAUAAAAAGGAAGAUGCAGCCAAACAUCAGGCCGAGCAUCACAUCGAAAUGGAUCACGAAUUUUUCACUAGACCCGGAGCACAGUUAUCCGAGAGACAGACAUUUACAAACAAGAAAGGAGAAAAAAUUUCCGGCUACGCCGUGAUUGUAGAUUUCAGGAGAAUUUUGCAGUUGGAAACGGUUGGAAGCAAUGCGGACAAUAAGGAGCACGGAAUUAUACCGGGGAUGUCAAAUCGUGAACUGUUGCAUGCAGUGGUUGGCCUCUAUGAUGUCUCUCUAUCAGAGAUGACCCCAGAUGUCCUGUACUCUACUGUCUGUGAGAAGUGGGCACGUACCAUCAUCCUCAUCAGAGAUCUCCAUGAAACUAUUGACGAGUAUGAAUCACGUCGAGGUUUGGAGCCGAAAGAAGAGAAAGAUGAGCCGGAGGAUGAGGAGGCCAGUGUGAAAGACAGUGAAAUCUGUGGAGAUGAGGAUGUAUAUGAGGAGGAGGAGGCAACACCCAGCAAGUUUAAUGAGGUCUACAGCGACACAGAGUCAGAGGAGGGGGAGGAAGAGGAGGAAGAUACAACAGAAGAGGAUUUUUCUAAGGGUAUCAACGCAUUCAUCGCCAUUGUAGCUGACCGACGCAAGGCUCGGCGCACGUGUGAGGGACCAAUCACUUCAGACAUGGUCGGUGUGGAGAGCAGGAUCGUUGGGUGUGCCACCUUUGAGAAGAAAUAUGUGCAGAGCAAAGGGAGAAGCAAACACAGGGACAGGGUUAUCCAUUUGACACUGGUCAGUGUGAGGAAACGUUGCAGGAACUUCGGUAUUGGAAAAUAUCUAUUAUCACAAAUCGUGGAGCCGCGUGUGGUGGGAAACUAUGAUGCGGUGGUUGUCCACGCUGACAAUGAAGCCGUUGAGUUCUUCCAGAAGUUUGGCUUCUCAGACGACAUUGUCCUCAACAGCAGAUGGAGAGAGCUGGCUGAGCAAUUCACCAACUGUUCGUUGAUGUGCUACCUGCCAGGAUUCUCAGGUCAUAGACUGCUUAGCGCAAUCAAGGUUCCAGGGAUAGAGAUGUUUGAAUUAGAACAAGAGUUCCUUAAAUGGAAGGAGAAGAGCUUGGAGGUGUAUCAGCAGCAAAUCACAUGCAUGAUGAGGAUGAAGCAUGAGGUGUUGCAGCUAAAACAUACAGCCAUCACUCAGGACAAGUUUCUCAAGGCUUUAGUCGAGGAGAAUGAGCAUUUACGGACAGCCAAGCUGCUAAGUGAAAAAGAGCUGUUAGAUUAUAGACUUUCAACAGUAAAGAGUGCCUUUGGAACUGACACAGAUGCCCUGAGCACCCAGGAGUUGAUACACAGCCUGCAACGAGAGGUGCAGAAGAUGGACCUGCAGAUUCGUCACAAACGAAACUCAUCCCGCGACUUUAUGGAGAUCCUCGCAAACAAACCCAACGGAUCCUACACUGUAGUAGGAGAGAGUCGAUAUGUGGCAAACAGUGGUACGAAGGUUGAGGAGCCGUAUGACCACAUCAAAGACUCCGCAUUCUUCUAUGACGUCAGUGAGCAGUUCAAACAACAGAUGAUGCUAGACUCACAGAUCAUAAAGAAAUGUGAAGUGACCACCAUUUCAAAGGCCUUGGUUCCCGAGAAGCAGCGUAAGGUGUACAAAGAGAGGAUCCAGAGGUUGACUGACCCCCUGAUGGUGCUGGACCUGUACUUCUGUGGGACAUUAGAACACCCGGAGAGAAUCAAGGAAAUCUUGAGGCAGGGUUUCUCUGAGAGGGACAUGACAUGCGGUGAAUAUGGCAAGGGCCUGUACUUCUCCAAGUAUCCUUCCAAGGCGGCCCAGUUCUCCAAGUUGGGCAGUCUGCUGCGUGUUGAGGUGGGGAUAGGCAACGUGGAGACCAUUGUCCAGCAGGACCGCACACGUACAGCGCCCUCUACAGGAUAUGACAGCAUCAUCACGCCCGGUCGCCUGACCCACCUACUGGGCCAGGGGGAUGCCUCACUGAACCAGGAGUACAUCGUGUUUGACCCCUGCCAGACUCUUCCCCUGUGCCUCCUAACAUACGAGGCCAGCUAGAUUCAGCAAGCCUGGCUCAGGGCACAUCCACUUUAAGCCUUUUAGUGGCGACUUUAAGGACUAGUUUAAGCUUUCCUUUUUGACCCCUGCAUCUCCUUCCCAAAAUGUUUUAUUAUAAAUAAAUCAAAUAGUUUAAUAAGAAUAUCCCAUGGAGGGGCUAGACUUUCUUUUACCGGUAAUCCUUUACCACUUAGGUACUUAUUUUGACACAUUUGUAGUCCCUUAGAAAGUUACAUUUAAUUAAAUACCUUUUUUACUAAAUUCAAGUUUUAAAGGCUUCAUUUAAAAU